AUGCUUCGAUUCAGGAUCCCGUUGCGACAAGUUGUGGCCCAGCGGGGUGUUGCCCAGUUCGUCGGAACCCCGCGCAAGGUUGCCCCCGCUCAAGCUCGUCAUGUCGAUGACCUCUUCACGCACGAGCCGCUCUUCUCCGGCGUGGUCGGGGCGACGAUCUUCAUCUCGCUGGGGUUGAUGGCCACCUUCCUCGACGACAAUUGGUUUGGAAAGUUGAUCCGCCGUUUCCCGACGCUGAAGACGCUGCAGACGACGAUGAACCCCGAUGCGGGCUGGAGCCGAUCCCCCAAG